AGGGGGCGGCCCGGAGCGGCGCUGCCGGGAUGGGAGCGUGAGAGGGGCGAGUCCGCGGCCGGAGCAGCUGCGGUCUGAGCGGGGGCUGGUGCCGGCGGGCUCGGACCCGCCAUGGAGCCGGUGACCAAGUGGAGCCCGAAGCAAGUAGUGGACUGGACUAAGGGCCUGGAUGAUUGCCUGCAGCAGUAUGUCCAUAAAUUUGAACGAGAGAAGAUAAAUGGUGAACAGCUGUUACAGAUUUCUCACCAGGACCUUGAAGACUUGGGUAUCUCACGGAUUGGACACCAGGAACUGGUUCUAGAGGCUGUGGAUCUCCUGUGUGCACUGAACUAUGGCCUUGAAACAGACAAUAUGAAGAACCUGGUUCUCAAGCUGCGAGGGUCAUCCAACAAUCUGCAAAACUACAUCAGCAGCCGUAGAAAAAGUUCAAAUUAUGAUGGAAAUACCUCUCGCAAACCCCCCAAUGAAUUCCUUACUUCUGUCGUGGAGCUUAUUGGUGCUGCUAAAGCCUUGCUUGCGUGGUUGGACCGGACCCCAUUUACAGGUAUUGCUGACUUUUCAUCAAUGAAGAACAGAAUCAUUCAGCUCUGCUUGGACCUCACUACUACUGUUCAAAAGGAUUGCACUGUGGCUGACAUGGAAGAUAAAGUCCAGACUGUGGCCAAGACUUUAAAUGGCAUUUGUGAUAAAGCCAUCCGAUCAACUACAGACCCACUGAUGAGCCAGUGUGCCUGUCUGGAGGAGGUCCAUUUAACCAACAUUAAACCUGGGGAAGGCCUGGGAAUGUACAUCAAAUCAACUUAUGAUGGAUUGCAUGUAAUUACUGGAACUACAGAAAAUUCCCCUGCUGAUCGCUCCCAGAAGAUUCACGCUGGUGAUGAAGUGAUCCAGGUUAAUCGGCAAACUGUGGUUGGAUGGCAACUAAAAAAUCUGGUGGCAAAGUUGCGAGAGAAUCCUGCUGGAGUUAGGCUGCUGCUUAAGAAGCGUCCUACUGGCUCUUUCCAUUUCACUCCUGCUCCACUGAAGAACCUGCGCUGGAAACCACCCUUGGUGCAGACCAAUCCCUCACCAGCUUCAACUCAGUCACCAGAAAGCACCGUGGAUACCUCACUGAAGAAGGAGAAGCCAGCCAUUUUGGACCUGUACAUCCCCCCUCCACCAGCUGUUCCAUAUUCUCCUCGAGAUGAAAAGGGGAGCUUUGUGUAUGGAGGAGGCAGCAAACGCAGUCAGCCACUACUGGGGUCCAAGGGCGCCGAGUCUCCCAACUCUUUUUUGGAUCAGGAGAGCCGAAGGCGGAGGUUCACUAUUGCUGAUUCAGAUCAGCUGCCUGGGUAUCCCAUGGAAGUAAACGUCCUACCACCCAAGAUGAGAGAAAAAACACAGUCCUACGGAAAACCUCGUCCUUUGUCAAUGCCUGCUGAUGGAAGCUGGAUAGGAGCUGCAGAACCCUUCUCUAGGCCACGAGGAUCAGGGAGAAAAGGUGAAGAUGUCCUCUGCAGGUACUUCAGCAAUGAAAGGAUACCCCCAAUCAUUGAGGAAAGCCCCUCCACGCAGCACCCGCUCUGCAGGCCAGUGUCUGACAAGCAGUUAGUGAGGGGAACGGAUUAUAUUCGAGGAAGCAGGUGUUUUAUGAAUACAGACCUCCACAACAGUGCAACAAUUCCUUUUCAAGAGGAAGGUGCUAAAAAAACGUCGGUUACAUCAUCCACAAAAUCCUCCUCAGCAGAGCCCUCGCUGCUGGUCAAUUGGUUCACGAGACUGAAAUUGUUGACUCACUGACUUGUCCCCAGCGCUGUUACCAAGUGCCUUUGCUCUUCGGUCAGACUUCUCUACUUUGCAGCUUAACUGACACACAGAGACUAAUGCAGUAUUCUUUUCCUGGAGAAUCUCAAACUUUAGCCUUUUUGUUUGUCAUUUUUGAUGGAUCAGAGUGUUUCAUAGUGCAAGGAGGGAAGAAAGAUCAAGUUCCUCUUCCUGGCCAAAAACUGAAGGCGAUUAUUCCCAUGGAAAUGAGUAAAAUUUCAGUGAGGUAGAGGCCACACGUGACCUGGAAAAUGCCUAGUGACUCAGAGGAAAACAUUGCAUUACUGUGAAGUCCAGUGGCACUUUAGUUGUCUGAAUACUCAGAGGCUGGUGCAACUGGCAGGGUGUCAAGAGUAUGAAGAGCUCACAGAAGUUGUCACUCUCCUGACUGGGAAAAUAAGCAGGGAAACAGCAGUUUCAUGCAACUUGGUGAUGCUGUUUCGAGUACUGCAUGAGAUCAACCUUGGGAGGAAGAAGUAGUGGUGUUACCAUUCUUUCUCUGAUAUCCAGAGUUCCUAUGAAGUCUUAGGAAGAGAGUUCUCUUAUUCAGAGAUUUUAGGAAGUUGGACUAAUUUAAUUAUAAAUCAAUCCAAGCUUAUAUAUAUAAUCUAUUUUAUUUGAAAUCACAGUACAAAUAAGGAGCACUGAACAACUGCAGUGCUCAUCUGUAAGGGUAUAUGGAUUGCUACAACAAGGCAAGGAAAUGCAUCUGUAGAGGUGGUGAAAGAAUAUAUAUUUUUUCCUUAAUUGUUCAAGAAUGACUUGCUGUUAACCAAAGUAACCUUUAAAGACAGUCCUGUUGGACUUAUGAGAACUUUUACAGUGGUUCAGUUUUUGAAUGAUGUGUUAUUUUUAUGAAAAAUAUGUGCUAUCACACACUACAAUUGUAAGACAUCUUGCUAUUUUCUAUAUAGCUCUAAUUUUUACCCCUCCAGAAGUUUAAAGUAGCGUUGGGUAUUUUGGGAGGAAAAUAAAACUUGUUUAACAAAAGAGGAGGAUAUUAAAGAGGUAUUGUUUAAGAAGGAAUGUACAUAAGAUUGUUAGUAUGCAAACAGUUGUGUUUAAAGUUAUUUAAAUGUUAAAUAUAGUUGUAUAUAUUUUUACAUUUAAACAGAUAGAGUUUGUACCUUCCUGUAUUGAAGUAUUGGGCACAGCUUAGUCAAAUGAAAAGAAAAUAAGAUUUUGUAUUACCUUCUAAUUAUAAGACUAACUAUUUUUGUAGAUGAGACAUUGCCAACAGCCCCUUCUCCUUUGGUCUUGCUGAAAAGAAGGAUUUGUAUUUAAUGAGUGGUGGUGAAAGAGGGAAGUUAAAUGCUAGUUUGCACUUAGGACUGGGGCAGGAAUCACAUGUGAUAACAGGAUGUUAAAAACACACUGUAAUUCUGUCUGUGAAGAUGUCACCAUGCUGCUGCAACGAGCUGAUGAAGUUGUGCUACAGUCCCGCAGAGAGACAGGGUGUUUCAUUCACUUCUCAGUUAAUUAUGUUUGAUUGUGACUCAUUGAUGACUGGGGAGGCUGGUUUUGGACCUUUCUGAUCAAAGCAGAUAUGUCUGUCUUCUACCACUCUCCUCCACUCCCCGAGAUGGCAGUCUGUACUAGAUGUGAGCUGCUCCUGUGCAGCUGAACCCUGCCACAGUUUGGUCCUGCCUCCAAGAAAAGGGCUGAGACUGCCAUGUUGUAGGCUCUGUGCUGUAGUAUAGUCCAGCCUCAAGAAGGCUGAACUGUUCUAAAGCUGUUGUCCAAACAAGACUUUUAAAAUGGAAAUUCUGCUUUUUUUCAGUGUUGUGUUUUCUUUACUUCAAAAAUGAAAGGGCACCAUCAUGCUUAACCUCUUAUUAUGUAUAGUGAAUAUAGAGGGUGCUCUGCAGUUUAGGGGUAAAAAAGAGUCCCACAGAUCUAGGCAUAAAUCACAGCUGGUAUCCUUCUGGCUUAACCUGCAAAAAAUUCCACUAUUAUGCAAAAACUUGGCUCAUCUCUUGAUGUUGAAGGUACGUGUAUCUAUCUGUUCAAAAACUGUAUCUAGGCUGACUUCCCUAAUGAGUACCAUGUACGUUUCCAGAUAUCCUGCCAUGGUACAGUACUCCACAACACUCUGAAUACACUGUCAUGGUGGGAAAACAAUGCAGUUAAUUGGAAAAGAUCAUAAACCCCACAAAAAUGGAAAAUAAUAUUUAGUACUGUUGCAUAUGUGUAUAGUAGGGAUCAUGCACUUUUGAAAUAUUGAGCGGGCUUCUGUUGAAGUCUGUAGAAUACGUGAAAGCCAAUAUCUUUGGUUUCUCUUACAUAACCAUUGCAAAAAAAAAAGUCCUAUUUUGGAUGGUAAUGUGUGAGAGGAAAUAAGAGACAAAAAUGAACACUAACAGCUUGUAGAGACAGAGUGCAGGGCAAUUCUCCAAGCCAUGUGUUUCCUGUAGUAUAAUGGACAAUUAUAUUAAUCAGUGUUUGAAUUCUGGAUGACCAACAGAGGUGAACACAGUACUGAGAGUAUUAUACUAAUUUUGUGCUAAUCAAUGAGCCAAUAACUUUUCCUUCCUCAUAAGCAGGGCUUGUUUUACAAGCAACAUGCACCAUAGUCUUGGUGCUUGUUGAACAGAAAGGAGAGUGAGUAAAAAUUCAAAACUUAACCAAACCAGGAAACAGAUGGUAAAGACUAGUUUCAGAGUUGGAAGGAUAAAGAAUUUUCUUUUUGCGUAAAUGUUUCUUUAGUCCAAAUCUUGUAUCCUGUUUUAUUACACUGCCACCAGGCAGUCUUUACAAACUGCUCUGUAUCUGCAAUCACAUCCUGAACAGACCAAGUUAAACCCCUCAUCAGGCUUUAACUUAGAUCUUGAUGAAUUCAGCUCAAACCCUUUUUUUGCAGGUUUUACUUCCCUAGGAGCUUUCCUGCAUUCAUCAUUCAAUUUUUGGAAUAAGUUACACAUGAUCCGAGCAGAAAGGCUUUCGUGCUCGUGCAUUCCCAGAAAUGCCUUUGCCAGCAGGAUUGAGGAGUGAGUGUGAAUGUUGGCUUCUGCUUGAGUUUUCUGCACUAAAAUAUUCAUUCCCCAAUUUCCACCAUACAUCCUAGUGCACCAUCUCAAAGCAUGAGAUAGAAAUGCUCAUGGGCAAUUGGAAAGAAGUGUUGUGUCCUUUGUCCUGCUGUGCAGCUGUGGCUUCUUUCUUCGCUGUAGCCUGAGCUUUGCGCAUGCUGUGGUUAUGGAGCACGUGCUCUCUGUGGCCGUCACAUAGGAAUGCUUUUGUCUCCUUGCAGGCUGUAAGGUUUUUAUAAUGGACAAGAGCUCUUGAGGAAGCCACUGACUUAACUCAGUGUAUUCUGUGAUUCACUUAAAAUGUAGAAAGAGCACUCCAAAAAAACGCAGUUUAGAGAAUAAAAAAGAAGGGGUCAGGCUAAGCUAAAUGUAUGGGUCUGUGUUGUGUCAAAUGCAGCUUCUGCUGAGUGGCAGUAAUUCUGCAAAGAAAGCACCCCACACAACUGCAGCAUGCACAUUUGUUUCUACUGCUACAUUUCUAUGAUGCUAGAAUAUGAAACAAGGGCAGUAUUUCAAAGCAGUUAUAUAUAGUUCCACACACCACACUUGAGCUGUAAGAUAUAUUGACAAAAGCAGUCAAGAGCUGCUGUCAGUGUGUAAUUUCACCAGAUUCUGCUGCCUGUGUUUCUGCUGCAUCAGUUUAAAAUAGAAACCUCUCUUUAUCCAGUUGCCUGUACAAUGUGAGCCCCUAACUAUCAGUUUUGCCUUCCUUUGUGAUAGCAACUGCUGGUAAGAUUGUGUCAUUCCCACAGGGCCUCAUGCAGUGGUCCAAAAGCUUAGUUAGUUUGGGUUAUCCUGGACUUAGUCCAAAAGUAGAAAGUCAAAUUUAAAAACAAUGUUACUGCUUCAGCAUCACUUAGAGUUGGUUUUUUUUUUUGUUUUUUUUU